CUUGACGCUUGGCACGUGCUGCCAAUGAUUACUGAUCAGGCUCAGUGCAAGGAACCACCAGUGUGUUUUACACCAAAAUCCACAGACGCUGCGGGAGCGGCACAAAGAGGAGGUGCAAGGCGGCAUCCCUGGGAGGCCCCGCCCACUCGUGCUUAGAGGCGCGUGCGUGUAUAUAUAUAAACGCCCCUGAAACACCACCGUCUCCAACAUACAGGGACUUGCAAAGCGCGCAUGAGCGCAGACUCGCUUUUAAAAUUCGCCUUCUAGUCGAUUUUUUACCGCUCAUAAAAUAGUUUUUAAACUCGUUUUCGUUUCACUUUUUUCCGGCUCAAGUCGAGGACCGAGAGAGGGGGGCAACAUCCCGCGCUCUAUCACCCCCCUCUCCAACUCCUCUUCUCCUCCUCUCUUCAGGCGCGCGUACGUGCGUGCGUUGCGCUCCAGGUUGGUGCAACCAGCCUGAAUCCGUUUUUUAAGCGCUUUUAAUUUUGUAAACUAAGAAAAGAAGCGAUGCAGUUGGAGAGUCUGGUGGCUGGAGGGGCGGCUGGGGGUCCCGUAUCCCUGCCCCUGCCCUUGCCCAAGCCCUUCUACCCGCCACUUUCAUCCUCGGACAGCGCCGCGUCCGCCUCCGCUAGUCCGGACGAACCGGACAGCGGUAAGAAGUACAGCAGCGCGAGCGGCGGAGGAGCAACAGAUGCAGAACAAGGCGCGAGGAGCCCACCUCCAUCAUCCAACAGCACCACCACGACCACCAGCAGCAGCGGCGGUUCCAGCGCAGCGCGCGAGCAUGGGCACGAGCAGGACGCGGGGCAGGACGUCCUGCCCAUCCGGCGUUACGGCGCGGAGGAGCUGUUGUACUUCGGCGGGCAGGACCCGGUCAGCUGCGCGCUCUUCCCCUACGGUGGCGGGGCCUCUGCGCAAGGGGUCACCGGGGGCGCCGCGUGUUACGGAGGCUCGGUCGCGACCUCCCGCUACUCCACGUCCUCCUCAUCUUCAUCCUCCUCAUCCUCCUCCACCUCCUCGCUCCACUACGGGCCCGUACCGCUGCCCCCUCACGCGGUCUCCGGCUUCCCGUCCGCCGUUUGCACGAGCCGCGGACAGUUCCCGCCGCCUCCUCCGCCGCACCCCGCAGCCGCUGCGGGUUACCAGUUCGCGCACGCGCAGGGUCCGGCGUGCCUCUACCCGUCCUACCCCGGUGCGCAAAGGGCGCAGGUGUAUCUCUGCAACAGGCCGCUGUGGCUCAAGUUCCACCGGCACCAGACUGAGAUGAUCAUCACCAAGCAGGGCAGGCGCAUGUUUCCCUUCCUAAGCUUCAACAUCACCGGCCUCAGCCUGACGUCGCACUAUAACGUCUUUGUGGAGGUCGUGCUUGCGGACCCCAACCACUGGCGCUUCCAGGGGGGCAAGUGGGUGACAUGCGGCAAAGCAGAUAACAACAUGCAGGGAAAUAAGAUGUAUGUCCACCCUGAGUCUCCAAACACAGGAGCUCACUGGAUGAGGCAGGAGAUCUCCUUCAGCAAGCUAAAACUGACCAACAACAAGGGUGCAAACAACAAUAACACCCAGAUGAUCGUCCUGCAGUCUCUCCACAAGUAUCAGCCCAGGCUGCACAUCGUGGAGGUCAGUGAGGACGGCGUGGAGGACAUGAGCGCCGAAGCCAAGACUCAGACCUUCACUUUCCCAGAAAACCAGUUUAUUGCGGUCACAGCUUACCAGAACACCGAUAUCACACAGUUGAAGAUUGACCACAACCCCUUUGCCAAAGGCUUCAGAGACAACUAUGAUUCGAUGUACACAGCCCCCGAGAGCGACCGGUUGACCCCGUCCCCCACCGACUCCCCACGUUCCCACCAGAUCGUUCCUGGAGCUCGCUAUGCCAUGCAGCCCUUCUUCCAGGACCAGUUCGUCAACAACCUCCCGCAGAACCACCGUCUGUACGGGAGCGAGCGAGCCGUACCUCAGACCAACGGCCUACUGUCGCCGCAGGCCGAGGACUCUGCCGCCACCGCCGCAAGCCGCUGGUUCGUCCAGCAGGGCGGCGCCUCGGGUAAACUGGACUUGACCUAUGACACAGAUUACUCUGCCUCCAGCCUCCUGUCCUAUGGGAUCAAACCCCUGCCCCUACAAAGCCCUCACGCCCUGGGUUACUACCCAGACUCCUUCGCCUCCAUGGCCGCAGCCGGCUGGGGCACCAGCCGGAGCUCCAGCUACCAGAGGAAGAUGACCACAGGCCUGCCCUGGUCCCCCAGGCCCAGUCCGCCGGCCUUUUCCGACGACCCCCUGGUCACUAAAGAUAAGCUGCAGGAGGAGGGAUCCACGGGUACAGCGGUGACCGUAGGCAGCAGUGCGGUGUGGGGGCUGGAGACGACCCCGGGCCUGAAGCCCAUGGACUCCGGCGACUACACCAUGGUGUGUAAAAGACGCCGCCUCUCGCCUGGAGGCUCCAGCACGGACGCAUCUCCAACCAUAAAGUGCGAGGACCUGACGGCCGAGGAAUACAGCAAGGAGCAGCAUCCUAAAGGCCUGGGCUACUACGCCUUCUACACCAGCCCUUAAACUUAUCGCCCUGUCCGCACCUCCACCCUCUCUGAUGCAUUAAUAUUCUCUCUCUCUCUUUUUAUCUCUCUUUCAUCUCUCUCUCUUUUAUCUAUCUAUCUCUCUCUCUUAUUUUAAAAAGUGCUUUGCUCACAUUUUGUUCCUUUUGUAAACUUUACUUUUUACUUUUUAACUGCAGGUGCCAAAGCUACGUGCUCCUAUAAUAUAUAUAGUGCUGAUGAUGAUGAAGAUGAUUCAUUUCUGCUGGUUUGUUUGUGAAAGAUGGGAGAGUCUCUCUUUAUUUUAUAUUAUUUUAUUUUAUUUUUUGUUUGUUUUUGUUUUUUUAUUUUU